AUGUCCGACCAAGUCCAGGAAUUACUCAACAUCCCCCAGGAGUUCUUGAGGGAUGGCAUGCAGUUUGUCAACCGCAGCCAGAAGCCCGACAAGCGCGAAUUCAUCAAGAUCAGCCAGGCCGUCGGCACCGGCUUCCUGAUCAUGGGUUUCAUCGGGUACAUUGUUAAGCUGAUCCACAUUCCCGUGAACAACGUCCUUGUCGGUGGCGCUUAA